CCGAGCUGCUGUUAGUAGAGGGUCGCGUUAACCAUUUGUCGAGCAGAAGCGUCUCCUCGUCUGCCGGUGCUGCGUGGCUCGCAAGUCAGGCUCCUGGGAGACUCCUGGGCUGGCAUAUUCGGCAUCGCGUAUCGGUUGUGUAACAGCUCUGCCCUAGUUAUCUCUUUGUGAGGCGAGGAUCCUUCCAUUGGCGAGCCGCCGCGUUAAGGUGUCGUGAGAUCUCGUGCGAAGAAGCCCAUUGGCACAGCCCAGCCCGAAGCCCCCUCAGAAGGAAGAAGCAUUGCUGGCCUGAAAUCAGCUACUCUUAGAUAAGGAUCCCCGCCCCUCGUCUGUGUUCCCCGGGUGGAGCUAGUUGAAGGCAAAUCCUCCUGUACGUGUUAAUUUAGAGCAGAGACAGUCACCGAUAAAUACCGCGCAGUCUUUUAAGGCCCCUCUGCGCCUCUGUUAUUAAGAGGAGCUCUUUGUUCUGUCCUUGACGUGUGGCGCAUUAAUGACCGUCUUCACGUCGGCGAAAGCUCCUGGCAUGGUGCAUGAAUGCGGUACAGAUCUGUCUGAAUGCCUUUAAAUCUUCCCCGGCUUUUGUGCCGAAGUCGCCGUGAAUGUCUGCAUUCAGUAUUAAAACGUUGUGUGAUGUGAUCCUUAUGGUCCAGGAAAGAAAGAUACCUGCUCAUCGAGUUGUUCUUGCAGCAGCCAGUCAUUUUUUCAACUUAAUGUUCACAACUAACAUGCUUGAAUCAAAGUCCUUUGAAGUUGAACUCAAAGAUGCUGAACCUGACAUUAUUGAACAACUUGUGGAAUUUGCUUAUACUGCUAGAAUUUCUGUGAAUAGCAACAACGUUCAGUCUUUGUUAGAUGCAGCAAACCAGUACCAGAUUGAACCUGUGAAGAAAAUGUGUGUUGAUUUUUUGAAAGAACAAGUUGAUGCUUCAAAUUGUCUUGGUAUAAGUGUGCUAGCAGAGUGUUUGGACUGUCCUGAAUUGAAAGCAACUGCAGAUGACUUUAUUCAUCAGCAUUUUACUGAAGUUUAUAAAACUGAUGAAUUUCUGCAACUUGAUGUUAAGCGAGUUACACAUCUCCUCAACCAGGACACUCUGACUGUGAGAGCAGAGGACCAGGUUUAUGAUGCUGCUGUCAGAUGGCUGAAAUAUGAUGAACCUAAUCGCCAGCCAUUUAUGGUCGAUAUCCUUGCUAAAGUCAGGUUUCCUCUUAUAUCAAAGAAUUUCUUAAGUAAAACAGUACAAGCUGAACCACUUAUUCAAGACAAUCCUGAAUGCCUUAAGAUGGUGAUAAGUGGAAUGAGGUAUCAUCUGCUGUCUCCAGAGGAUCGAGAGGAAUUGGUAGAAGGCACAAGGCCCAGAAGAAAGAAACAUGACUACCGCAUUGCCCUGUUUGGAGGCUCCCAGCCACAAUCUUGUAGAUAUUUUAACCCAAAGGAUUAUAGCUGGACAGACAUCCGCUGCCCCUUUGAAAAACGAAGGGAUGCAGCAUGUGUGUUUUGGGACAACGUAGUGUACAUUUUGGGGGGCUCUCAGCUUUUCCCCAUAAAACGAAUGGAUUGUUACAAUGUCGUGAAGGAUAGCUGGUAUUCCAAACUGGGCCCUCCGACACCUCGAGACAGCCUUGCUGCCUGUGCUGCAGAAGGCAAAAUUUAUACAUCUGGAGGUUCCGAAGUCGGAAACUCAGCGCUGUAUUUAUUUGAGUGCUAUGAUACAAGAACUGAAAGCUGGCACACAAAGCCCAGCAUGUUGACUCAGCGCUGCAGCCACGGGAUGGUGGAAGCCAACGGCCUGAUCUAUGUUUGUGGUGGAAGUUUAGGGAACAAUGUUUCUGGGCGCGUGCUGAAUUCCUGUGAGGUUUAUGAUCCUGCCACAGAAACAUGGACUGAGCUGUGUCCAAUGAUUGAGGCCAGGAAGAAUCAUGGACUGGUAUUUGUAAAAGACAAGAUAUUUGCUGUAGGUGGUCAGAAUGGCUUGGGUGGCCUGGACAACGUGGAAUAUUAUGAUAUUAAAUUAAACGAAUGGAAGAUGGUCUCACCAAUGCCAUGGAAGGGUGUAACAGUGAAGUGUGCAGCAGUUGGCUCUAUAGUCUAUGUCUUGGCGGGUUUUCAAGGUGUGGGUCGAUUAGGACACAUCCUUGAAUAUAAUACUGAGACAGACAAAUGGGUUGCCAACUCCAAAGUCCGAGCUUUUCCAGUAACAAGUUGUUUAAUUUGUGUUGUUGAUACUUGUGGAGCAAAUGAAGAAACACUUGAAACAUGAAAAGUGAAUGGACUUCAAGAUUUAUUGGAGACUCAAAAAUAUGGCCACCAGUGCUUUGUUCCAAGAGUUUGGUUACAAAGGUUUAGUUUGGUGUUUUGUUUAGUUUUGUUUUUAAGGAAAUUUCAAGUAAAGUAAGAUCGCUAUAAAAUAGAUGUUUCUUUUAUAUGAAUUUCCUUACUUAAUUCAAAGACCAUAUUUUAGCUGGCCACUUAACCAAGACAUACCUAGUGAGAAAACUUGAAAAAUCAUAAGCAUUUGGUGAAAAUACAAAUUCUUGAAUGAAUUUUACAUGUGUAACUAUGAUUAUGGCAGAGUGGGGAUUGGCUCGUCAGUGAAGCAGUCUCAUCUUAGCUCUAGAUUCUAUUUUCAUACAUCAUAGAAGUGCUAUGUAGGUAGGUCUACUUGUUUCUGUUCAGUCAAGAACGAAGACAUAGUAUGAAGUGUAAGUCAAGACAGGCAACUCUGAUGAAGCAGCUUAGUCUCACCUAGUUUUGCUUGUCUUCAUUUGUUCCAUUUAGUGCCAAAUUUAUUCCAUUUUAAAAGCAAGCCAGAGUGAGUCAAGGCAUACACAUUUUCUCUCACAAAACUUCAUAAACACAUUUUGGGCUUAGAAACAUACCCAAGUCCUCAUGAAAUAUAUUCAAUUAAAUAUAUUCUAUCUUUUAAACACAAAAUGUCAAGCUUAGCACGCCGGUUAAUUUAUAGUACUGUUUUACCCCGUGGUUAAAAAAUGAUUAUGCCUCUUCACUCACUGUUAAAUAAAAUAAAAUAAAAUCAUAGUAAGAAUGAUUAGCAAAAGAUAAAGCUAUUUAUAGCAAAUUUCUAGGUUACUAGAAUAGCACUGAUAGCUAUACAAUAUCAAUGUUGACUUUGAACUUCUUAUGGAUUUAAAAAGAUACAUGAUUUCUUUUUGUUAGCAGGACGCAUCAGAGAGGUUUGACCCAGGUAUCUCCUAAAAGUUUUGUAAUAAUUUGAGUUAAAUGUUUGUCAUCUCGUAUUAAUUGCUUUUAUGUGGUCAAUAAAUCUUUUACAAACCCAA